AUGACGACGAAGAAGACGACGAGGACGAAGGAGACUGUAUCGUCGGUCUCUUUGAAAGACCGAACGAAUGAUUUUAGCAGGAGCAUGAGCAGUAAAGGAACAGAAGAAUUGGAAGAAGAAGAAGCGGACUCUGAGCGCAGUUUCGAGAGCGAUUGGUCGCGAGACGAAAACCCGUACGACGCGUCGAAUUCAUUUCUCACGAAAAUCAUAAAGACGCACAAGAAAGCGAUGGAAACGAGCGAGGACGAACGGAGACGACUGAAAGAGUUACUCUUUAAAGCCGAGGAUAGGUGCGAAGAGCUGUUGGAAAUGAACGAACACUUGGAACGAGAAUUUGAGAAAAAAGAGAAGCAGUUUCGCCUCAAAAUGGAGGAGGAGAAGACGAAAGGAAAGCAAUUUCCGGAACGCGAGAAGAUGGAGAUUCGGGAACGAAAAUUGGAAUCGGAGUUGGCAGCGGUGAAAACGAUGAACGAGAGUUUAGAGAGGCAAGUUUUAUCGCUGAAAAUACGCGAGCGGGAAAGAGAGGACGUUUUGACCAAGUUGCGAGACGAGACGGCACAGAUGAAGAAGUCGUCGAACAAUCCGCAAGUGCUGAGAGACGAGAUAAGGAGCGAGGAGCAGAAGGAGCAGCAAACGUUAGCGGUGAUUGCGGAGACGUACGCGAUUGAGAUACGAAAGUUAAAGGAGAAGGUAGAGAUGUACGAGAAAGCGAGGAUGAGAGAGAAGGCGUUUGGCUUCCAACAAAAGCAUCAACAGCAACAACAACGAGAAAAACAACAACAGUAUUUCUCCUUCGAAGAGAGUGAAGAUGGAGAAGAAAAUGAUGACGAACCGAGACCUCCACUGACAGUAGCGAAACGUUUACCGAGCGAAUCCGAAUCCCCGUUUGGGACGUUGAAUAGCGAAGGUCGAGUAAAAGCGGCCAUUGUUAGAUUGGGUAUUUUAGAUGAUAACGGCGACGUGCCAAAGAUGCGAAAUUUUUAA